AUGUUGCCUGUAUCAUAUAAAGAUGCAACUUCAAGAAUGUGGUGGGGAAAUCGUUUAAAAGAAUCAAUUCAAAAUUUCUGUCGACUGAUAAUUUCGGAAAAAAGUUCAAGGAAUUUAUUUUUGUUUUUACUCCUAAAUUUAUCAUUUGCAUUUAUUGAAUUAUUCUACGGUUACUGGACAAACAGUCUUGGGCUUAUUUCCGAUUCGUUUCAUAUGUUUUUCGACUGCUCAGGGCUUUUAGCUGGAAUUUUAGCUACAGUAGUCACUAGAAAAAAACCAAAUGAAAAAUAUUCUUAUGGUUAUGUGAGAGCUGAAGUUCUUGCUGGUUUUUGCAAUGCUCUCUUUCUGCUUUUUACAGCAGGAUCCAUUUUUUUUCAAGCUAUUGAAAGAGCAUUAGAACCACCGGAAGUUAAACAUGAAAGACUUUUCGUCGUGUCAGUUUUAGGAUUUUUAGUUAAUUUAAUUGGAAUAUAUGCUUUUCAACAUGGGCAUUCGCACAGUGUAUUUUUACAUAUUCUCGCCGACACCUUGGGAAGUGUUGGAGUUAUAGUUUCUUCUCUAUUAAUGCAAUACUUUGGAUGGAUGAUUGCAGAUCCUAUAUGUUCUAUUUUUAUAGCCAUUUUAAUUACAGCCAGUAUAUAUCCGUUAAUCAAAGAUUCAUAUAUGAUAUUAAUGCAACGACAACCUGUGUCACUUGAUCAUGUGCUUCCCCAGUGCUACAACAAAGUUAUGCAACUGGCAGGUGUUUAUAGCGUUCAAGAACCUCAUUUUUGGACACUCUGUAGUAAUACAUAUGUAGGGGGGAUUAAAUUAGAAGUUUCAAAAUCUGCAGAUCACAAAUAUAUUAUUCGUCACACACAUAUGAUAUUCGCUGAAAUAGGAAUCAAACAAUUAUAUGUACAAUUGGAUUUUCCAUCAAUUACAAUGACGGUAAAAUCUUUAGAAUUAUAA